AUGGAGUCUCUCCGAACUCUCAAGAUCACGCUCCAUCGCCUCGUUUCUCCACGACCUCAGGGCGCCGGCCAACAGCCCAGUGGAACGAUUCAGCUGGAGAGGAUCACGACGCUUUAUCUGCGCUCCAGUCUCCGGACACUCGGCGAGUGGCUCAGAGUCCCACAUAUCAAGUGUCCCACCCUCACCUCGCUCCACCUACACAUUACCGCCCAUCUCUGCGAGUUUACAAUCUCUGACGACCCGGAGCGGGAUAUGAACGUCUACGAGGCACUCACCGAGUAUAUCCGCAACAUGGACUCUUCUCAGUUGAAGGCGCUCACCCUGUCUGGCCGCGGUUCGUACGGCGUCUCCCAACUCUUCCGCGAGUCUGGCGGCAUUCUUGAAGGAAUCGCUUCGGUUAGUUUGGAAGAAACACCUGAAGACGAUGAUGAGUUGGUCAUCCCGGAUACGGACUAUCUCCAGCCUGGUCUACCCGAUGUAGUACAGAGCCCACCCGACGAAUCUGAAGGCGAAUCGGAGCCGGUAGGCUUCGGCCAGGCCAGUAUCGAUUUUCCCCUCAAUUGGGAAUGGCCGCUCGAUCCUCUCACCAUCUUUUUGGAUGAGGAGACCGACUAG